AUGGAGGAAUUAAUUCGACAACUAACUCAUGAUAAUCAACAGUUUGAAGAACAAUGGCCAACUUUACAUACUCAGUUACAUGAAUUAUCAGUUGAUCGUUCAGAAAUCGAUUCAGUGAUUGUCAAGGUUAAAUCAUUGGAUGCACUUGUUGAUUACAUUCUAGCGGAUACUGAAAAAUUUCUUCAUGUAAAAUUAGUAUUGGCUGAAAAUGUAAUUAAACAUGUCAUUGAAAAUCCAACACCACCCUUUGAUGAAUUAACACGAAUAUUUUGUCGUGUAUUGGAUGUAUCAAAUACGAAUAAUUUAUUUAAUUUAUCAUUUCUUGAAAAAUUCCUUUAUGUGACUCGGAUCGGUGAAGAAUUAUCGAAAAUUCCUUCUGUAAAUUUGAUUGAUUCAAUAUUUAAUCAUUUAGAAAAGCAUGAAUUUUCGAAUCAAAAUUUUGAUGAUAAGAUGAAACAAUCAUGGCGACAGUUUUUAUCUGAAGGUCUGCUUUCAUCAUUAAGCAUGGAUGUAAACAAACUCAACUCUGAAGCCACAAUGAAUAACAUGAGAAGUAGUUUUCAACGUUUGUAUAGAUGCGCAGCUCUCAAUUCGCAUCAAUCCGAUGUUUGGUCGGCAGUUUUAAAUGUUUUGAACCGUAGAUAUCCAACAUUAUUCAAUAGUUAUACUGAUUCAGAAGAGGCAACAUUUUAUUUAACAUCAUGUGCUGAACCGACCAUAUCAGCUGAUUAUGUUCAUCUAAUUAGUCAAGGAUAUAAAAAUGAUGCUGAAUUAUUCAAAACGAAUAUAUCUCUUCUCUGUACAAUUAUGGAGAAACUUGUGCUGCAAAAUCGAGUAGAUGCUUGUAGAUAUUUUAUGAAUAACACACUUAUUAUUCAUUUCAAAUUAAUAACUAAUUUUGAAGAAUUACUGCAAAUGUUAAUUCGUAUGUGUUCAUCAGUGAAUAUUGAAUCUCGAAAUUCUUUUUGCACAAGUGUCAUAUCACUAAUAACGUAUGAAUUCAGCCGUAAGAAAUGUAAGAAAGAAUUAGCAGGAUUAUUCUUUGAUUUUAUACUUGCGAUACUUAACUUCACUACGAUGGACGCUCCUAAAUUUGCUCAUUACAUAUUAGCCAUAGGUGAAUUUUAUCCAUGGAAACAAUUAGAUACAAAAAUAACUCAACUUAUACAAUCUUGUAUUACUUAUGAUAAUAUUGCUUGUGAUGCACGCAAUACUGAUCUUGAUUAUUUGAAUCAAAUUCUAAGUACCAUUAGAGAAAGAGCUAAAGGGAAUCCAACCAUAUUACAUGCAACACAUACAUUAGCUUUGGAAGCUGUUUUGAAAUGGUCAUCAGUUAUUAAUAAUGACACUGGAAAACCAUAUAGUCGUCAUGUAUUCGGAAUGGGAGUAGUAAUGGUUGAUUUAGUUGAUCAAAAACAAGUAUCUGUUGAAACUUGUAGUAAGCUUCUUGGUAUAUUUCGAAAAUUAAUUGACCCGGAUGAUGAAAUUUUUGAGUUAAAUCAAUUGUAUGAUAACUUUUUACGUUCUCUGGUAAAAUUAUUGGCAGAAUCUCUUGCACAUUUGAAAACUUUACCAUUGACAUUACACGAAGAAAUAGCUUCAUUCAUCUUAGCAGCAUUGAAUCAUCCUUUUAUGAAGGAAAACGGAGCAAUGACAUUGGCACAUGACGCUAGUCUUCCGUUGUGGUUUAAAUUAGGAGUAUGUAUGCAUACUGAAGAUGAUGCACGUCCGUAUAAGACCUGUGCUGAUCGAUUAUAUCAAUUAGCUUUUGAAGACGAAGCACAACAACAACUUCAUCCAUGGUGGCUUACGUUUUGGACUAUUGUUGGUUUAAAAUAUCCAAAUCUAGCUCUUGAUCAUAUUUCACAAUUUCUCGAAGAAAUCAUCGAUCGUAAACGCUUCACUUUAUUAUCCAUUGUUACUACACUCUACAGCAAACGUCCAGAGCCAUUUCAUAGUCGACUGAACGAUCUUAUUCAUGGACUUUUCGAUGCUAGUAAUCAACGGUUGCAACCUAUAUCGUUUCUUGUCCACACUAUUGUCCAAGCACAUCCAGAAUUAAUAACAUCGGAGCAUGUCGAUUAUUUAUUUGCUUUAAUUAAAGAUAACAUUAGUUCAUUUGAUGCAAUACUUCAUAUUUUUCUAACACUUGGUCAUAUAGCUAGCGCACAACCACAUUUAUUCGAUAAACAUAAAGAUACACUUUUCGAUUACACUAUUGAACGAAAUAGUACUGCAGUAUUUGAUUGUCUACAACGUUAUUUAGUAGCAUCAACAAUUAUCAAUGGCGAGACAACAGCUGAUGAAUAUCUAACUCAAUUAAUUAAUUUAAUUAAAAGUAUAAAAAAUAUUGCUAUCGAACUUAAAACACAAAUUUUUCAUACAUGUCAAGUAAUUGGAGUACGACAUAAACAUAUUCUUGCUGCGAAACGUAACGAUUUAAUACCAUUUGAAUCGGAUUCCACUUGUCAAGCUUUAAUUGGUUUUAUUGAUGGAAAUAUACUUAGUGAAGAAAAUCAAGCUAUGAUUGAUCGUACGCUUGAUGAAAUAGUUCAAAUAGAAAAACGUGUUGUUCAUACGGAACAGGAUAUUCAAAAUAUAACCAAGGUGGUCAAACAUCAAGAACUAAAUAUAACAAAUAUUAAUAGUCAUGUUAAUGAAAUUGAUACACGUGUAAAUAAUAUUUCUGAACAAGUUGAUUUCCAUGCUCGAGAAAUAGAACGUAUCGAUAUGAAAACAUUAGGUUAUGUUCCAACGGAGUGGGGUCGUGAUGUAUGUACACUUCUUAAUGUUCGCACUGAGAAUGAUUGGCGUUUGCUUGGUAAACGUUUUGGUUACUCAACAAGUGAAUUAAAACAUUGGGCUAUGCAAAUCGAUCCGUCCAUGUCGUUGCUCAAUGAAUGGUUUAUGACGCAUAAAGCCGAUGAAGCAACAUACGGAUUGCUCAAGAUAUUAAAUGAUAUAGGUCGGACAGAUGCUGAAGAUAUUAUACGUAAAGCUGUGACGAAGGCUGGUCAACUGAUACCAGAUGAUAUGUCCAUAGAAAUAAAACGCCUGCCACCUGUUUUUAUUUCUUAUCAAUGGGGUUCACAAAAGGCUGUUUUAAGAUUAAAAUCAAAUCUUGAACAAGCUGGUUAUUUAUGUUGGAUGGAUACAGGACAGAUGGGCGGAGGCGAUAAAUUAUUUGCUAAACUUGAUGCUGGUAUACGCGGAGCUAAAGUUAUUAUUUGUUGUAUGAAUAAAGCUUAUGCACAAUCAGAUAAUUGCUCACGUGAAGUUCAUUUAACAGUCAGUACAGGUAAAACUUUAAUUCCUUUACAAAUGGAAAAACAAACAUGGCCACCUGAAGGUGCACUUGGACCCAUCAUGAGUGAAUAUUUAUUCAUACGUUUUUUCGAUCGAAACGCUAAUGAUGAAAAUUAUUGGCCAGCAGAUAAAUUUACUGAGCUACUUGGUCAAAUACGUUAUCAUGUUGCACCUGAUCCAGAUAUGAUUUCUGGGCAAUAUCAUAAUUGGUUUGUACCACGUAUUGAUAAUCUAAUUUUUCUUCAGCCACAAACAUCAACUGAUAGUAAAGACAAAACUAUCGUUCAAGAUAAUCUUCCGCUUGUUGUUACUCAUCCACAAAUAAUGAUAUCUUAUCAAUGGGAUUAUCAAAACGAUAUCGUUCAUUUAUAUGAAAAAUUAACUAAACUUGGCUAUCGUUGUUGGCUUGAUAUAUUUCAAAUGGGGGGUGGAGAUUCAUUAUUUGAAAAAAUUGAUACAGGUGUACGUAAUGCAAAAUGUAUUUUAGCAUGUGUAACUCCAAAAUAUACGAAAUCAAUUAAUUGUCGACGAGAAAUGGCUUUAUCUGAUGCUCUUAAAAGACCUAUUAUACCAUUAUUACUUGAAGAAACAAGUACGUGGCCACCAGAGGGUCCCAUGGCAAUGGUAUUUUCUGAAAAACCCUUUAUUGAUUUUAGACGUGCAACUGAUGAUAGUGAACGAUGGACUGGAAAAGAAUUUGAAUCAGUACUUGCUCGUUUGCAGCAAAUUAUACCUGAAGUACAAACAGAAAAACCACAACGAUAUUUAAUUGAUAUGCAACGACCAACAACAGCAACGAAGGAACAAGACAAAAAAUCAAAACGAAUUAGGAGUGCGCCUGUUACACCACAAAGUCGUGCAUGUUCUAUUAUGUAG